UGUGCUUUUAACGUAGAAAUCACGUGACAAAUAACAUACAAAGCCUUACUUUCUUUCUGUUCGAACUCUCAGAUCUUACAAGUACAUUUGAAUACAAAUUAUUUCAUCAUGUGCACGUAACAUGAAUCGAUCUAUGGAAUGUGUGGUGAUGCUGCUUACGACGGAGCUUCUUUCUUAGGCUUUUGGCUGCUUUAUUUUUUACUAACAAAAAUACAGUAAAAACUGUACAAGUGCAGUAUAAUACUGUAAAUACAUUUACAGCAAGUUAAAUGGUACUGUAAAUAUAAAUACAGUAUUGUUACUGUAAGUAAAUUUACAGUUAGUUAACUGCUUCCAGUGAGUUACUGUAAUUUCUACAGGAAAUUUUUUACAGUGUACAUAUGUUAAUACCUCCAACCUGCAUUGGUUGUUGUGUUGUUUACAAGAAAAUGCAAAAUGUGAAGGAAACACAAGUGAAUAAAAAUUAUUUAAAAAAAAAAGACAAAAGAAAAAUGAGCAGAAAACAGGUCUCCAGAGAAAAAAAAGAGGUGAGAGCUCUCCAAUGAACUUCAGUUUGUUCUUGUUAGUUCUUUAGCAUCUGCUGUGAAAGUAUGAUCUCAUCAUAUCAGGUAGCAUAUAAGAUUUAUUCUUUAUGAAGAUCUAAUAUUUGGUGUAUUUCAGUUUAAACCUCCGUCAUCUCCUCUUUGUUCUGCUAUGUGCUCUGCAGAGUGUUCAAAUGAAAAACUAAGAGUGGGCUUCUUAAACAAUAAUCCGGAAAACUAAAGCUUCUUUAAUCAAAUCAGCCAUGGAGAGAGACAAACUUCAGGUACUCCCGACUGCAAAGGUCCCACCUACAGUAAAUAUGAACUUCAGCAUACAUGCAUAGACAAUAUGAUUUCAGCACACCAAACAUCGAUGCAUGCAUGACAAACCUGAAAGUCUAAUAUCUUUGUAUGUUUUUUUCCUAUCAUUGCUCAUUAUACACACCGAACACGCAUUCAGACAGAAAAAUCUGCCACAAAGGUUAUAGAACACUACUUUAACUGGCUGCUUCAGGUACUGAAAUGUACAGCAAAAAUACAUUAAUCGUAAACCUGCACUGAAAAUAUCAAUAGCAUCCAUCUUAUAAUAACUGGAAUUCUUAAAAUUAAACAGCAAGAAGCAUUGUUUUGGCAAAAACUGAUCUAAAAUGUAUUUAUUUCCCUCCAGACCAAUGUGUAACUGAUCUAUCUUUCACUCAACAGGAGCCAGCAUGAGUAUCUCCAGUGUUUUGAUCUUUUAGCUAUCAUAUUUCUGUUUUCAUUAUUAUGUUGAUGGGUUUGCAUCUUGUGGAUCAACACUGGAAUGAACCAUACAUUCUCUCUUCCUGAGGUUUUUUUUAAUUAAUUAAUUAAUUUAUUUAUCUUUUGUAUCCAGGCAAAUUAGAAGGCUAAGAAUGAACCUAACCUUAGAAAUAUUUACUUGAGUGAAAAAUGUUAAGUAACAUCAGUCUACCGUAUUAGUUUCUAAUUUCACUCUAAUAACUGAAAUGGAUUUUAAAGGAGCAGAUUCGAGAGUCUGAUUCUGUUUUGGAACUUACUCCCUUGUUUACCCCCUCUCCCGUGCAACCUGAAGUGAAGUGACAACGGUGAAGUCUUGCCUGGACAGGUUUUACAUUACUCUGAUUAAGACGGCCGAAACGGAAUAUUUAAAUAAUAAAGUAAUUGUGCAUUGGUGAUUAUGGCGCUCAGAGUUGUGGAUGUGUUGUCCUGGUCUUGGGUUCAAAUGUACGUAGCAUUCAGUAUGUGUUUACUGACCGGAUGCAUCUACAAUGUGUAUCAAGAGGCGAAAGAUCCGCUCAAACAGACAGUUCUCACGAACAAACUCUCUCACGACUCACCCGCUGGCAGGACAGGAGAUGAGAAUGUCAACAAUGAAAAAUUGUGUGCAACUGUUUUGUGGUAUCACGAUACGGAUAGCUUCCGUAUAUGGGUCCUUGUGAACACACUGUUCUGUUUUCUCCUGCUGAUGGCAAAAUGUGUCCAACUUGUUGUGUUUGGUGAUCUCAGAAUAAAUGAAAAACAGAACCUCAAGGACAAAAUCUGGAACUUUCUAUUCUACAAGUUCAUCUUUCUGUUUGGUGUGCUGAAUGUGCAGUCAGAGAGGGAGUUGGCCAUGUGGUGUCUAUGGUUCUCUGCGCUUCUCUUUCUCCAGCUGUUGGCCCAGCUCUGCAAGGAUCGCUUUGAGUAUCUCUUGUCAUCCUCCACCACAAAUCUGGGCAGCCAUGUGCGCAUGUUGUUCCUGCUGAUGUGUUUGUUUGUGUCCUCUGGGGGUCUCACUGUAGUAUCAGGUCUGCUGGGGUUUUCCCAUGGUAUGCACACUUACUCCUUUAUGGCAGUUGAAUGCCUAAUGAUAACGGUAUAUAUAAGCCAUGCAAUUCUUCGGUACAUAAUUCACCUGUAUGACCUAAUCUGUGAAGCUUCCUGGGAAGAUAAAGAGGCCCAUAUUUAUUACACAGACUUUAUCAUGGAGAUGGGUAUUCUUUUCCUAAAUAUGAUGCAUCAUAUCCACAUGCUGCUCUACGGGAAUAUUUGGUUCUCUGUGGCUGAUAUGAUUAUAUUGACGCAGUUACGCUUCUUGUCUCAGGAAAUCCAACGCAGGUUACGUCAACACAAAAACUACCUGCAUAUUUAUGAUGUUUUGGACAAGAGGUUUUCUUUGGCUACAAUGGAAGAGCUGGCAUCUCAUGAUGACAGAUGUGCUAUCUGCUGGGAAAAGAUGUACACAGCAUACAAACUGCCCUGUGGGCACCUUUUCCACAAGUCAUGCUUGUGUUCCUGGCUAGAACAGGAUUUGUCAUGUCCCACAUGUAGGAUGUCUGUAAAUAUGAGUGGCAGUCGUACCAGAAAUGAGCAGGUGGGGGCAGCAUUGUCAGACAGUUCGGGCCCAGCUGCUGUGCCAAAUACAAACGGAGCUCCAAUCAAUUACCACAGUCACCUCUUCCAUUUUCAUGGUUCCCAGAUGGCUAACUGGCUGCCUGGCUUUUCUGUUGAAUUUGUGCAAUCUUCUAAUAUGAUUAUUCUACUGCAGGCAGACGACUCGCAGGUACACCAGGAGGAAGAAAUGUUUCAUCAAGUAGACCUACCAGAGUAGUUAAUUGUAAACCAGAAGAAUAUGCCACUAAGUGGCUGUAAAAAGCAAAGAAUGAAACCAUCAGUUCAAGUUGGGUGAUGACAAGUAC